CAUUUUAACAGUUUUUCUACUGGUUGGUACUCUAUAUAGCGUACCAGUAGUAGAUCCGAUCCGACGGUAUUUAUUGCAGUCGGCGAGAGCCCUCGCCAUCCAGCGGUGCCGGUGGCGGCGCCUCACUCUCGAGGACGGACAGGUUGCAAGGAAGGCCAAUGGCAGCGCUGCGGCUGAUGCUCCUGCUCCUCCUCCUCCAUCUCGGCGCCGCCGCCGCCAACCGGACGACGCCGCUGGUGUCGUUCCUCCUUGCGGGGCAGUCCAACAUGGGCGGCCGCGGUGGCGCCACCAGCGGCGGCAGGUGGGACGGCGUGGUCCCGCCCGAGUGCGCCCCCUCGCCGCGCAUCCUCCGCCUCUCCCCGGAGCUCCGCUGGGACGAGGCCCGCGAGCCGCUGCACCGAGGCAUCGACCUCCACAACGUGCUCGGCGUCGGCCCCGGGAUGCCCUUCGCGCACGCCCUCCUGCGCUCGCGCCGCCUCCCGCCGCACGCCCUCGUCGGCCUCGUCCCCUGCGCGCAGGGCGCCACGCCCAUCGCCGACUGGGAACGGGGCACCCACCUCUACCAGCGGAUGCUCCACCGCGCCAGGGCCGCCACCGCCGGCAAUGGCAAGCUCGCCGCGCUGCUCUGGUACCAGGGGGAGGCCGACACCAUCAGCCGCCGCGACGCCGAGCUCUACGCGGGGCGCAUGGAGGCCUUCGUCCGCGACGUCCGCCGGGACCUGGGCAUGCCGGACCUGCUCGUCAUCCAGGUCGGGCUUGCCACAGGCCAGGGCAAGUUCCUGGACCUCGUCAGGGCAGCUCAGAAGCGAGUGGUGCUCAGCAACGUCAGGUACGUGGACGCCAGGGGCCUGCCCGUGGCCAACGACUACACGCACCUCACCACCGCGGCUCAGGUGAAGCUCGGCACCAUGCUAGCCAACUCCUACCUAGCCACGCUCUGAAUUUUUCUUCUUCUUUUUGAUGGUAGCCAACGCUCUGAAUUGAUUCCAUCUGGGAUUGUUAAUUCCAUUGUAACGUACUCCGUACCGUAACUCAGAAUAUCUGCAUCAAACUUAACAAAUGCUGCCUAUAUACGAGUGCUACUCUACUACACACAGUUUCCUCAAAAGAAGCUGGGCACCGACUUUUCAGGCAUUCAUGUGCUGAUUAUAUUGUUGGAAUCAAGAUGCACUGAGUAAUUCUCUUCUCUC